AUGAGUUAAGUUGAAGAAAAAGUUGAUGUUGAAGAGGGUGCUCAAGAAAACGAUCAAGCUGAAGAUACAGGAAGAAGAAGAUCUACAAGAGCAAGAGCUCCUCCUGCACCUACUGCUCCUGCUGCUAAGAAAGAUCCUAAGGCAGCAAAGGGAGCUAAGAAGGGCGCAGCUAAAAAAGAUCCUAAAUAGAAAAAAGGAGCAAAAAAGAAAGGAUCUGAUGAUGAAGAUUCAGACAUUGAAAUUAUUGAAGACAAGCCAGAAAAUAUGGAUGACGAAGAAGAAGAAAUUAAAGAAAAAAAAGAAACAAAAGAAAAAAAAGAUGAUGAAUUAGAUGAAGAAGAUGAAAUUGAAGAAGAACCUUCUGAAGAUGACGAUGAUGAGGAAGAUGAAUUUGAUGAAAAGCCAAAAAAGAAAGGAAAAGGUGCUGCUAAAUCUGCACCCGCUGCUAAAAAAGGUAAGGCAGCUGAAAAGCCUGAAAAGAAGGCUCCUGCUACUAAAGCUCCUGCAGCCAAAGGCAAAAAGAAAUCUAAAGAAAGCGAUGAUGAAGACGACUUUAAUGAUGAUAGUGAAGAGGCUAAACCAAAGGGAAAAGGUGGAGCUGCUAAAAAGGGUGCUCCUGCUAAGAAGGGAAAAAAAGAUGAAGAUGAUGGAGGCACUGUUGAUGAUGAUACUGUACUUGAAUAUAUGAAGAAAGCUAAUAGACCAUAUUCUUUGAUUAAUAUUUGUGAUAAUUUACAUGGAAAAAUUAAGAAGACCGCUUUAUAGAAAAUGCUCGAUGGGUUGGUCAGUAAGAAUAAAUUGACUUGCAAAGAGUUUGGUAAAGCUAAAAUUUAUCUCAUGAAUUAAGAUUUGUUGCCAUAGGUUGAUAAAUCAGAGCUAGAAUAAAUGCAAAAUGAUUUGAAUGAAAAAAGAGUUUACUUGAGAGAAAUUGGUGAAGAAAUCAAAGAACUUACUAAAAAAAUAGCCACUUAUAAUAAAUAAUUAACCAAUGCUUAAAUUUAAGAAGAAAUUGUAAAGAACGAAAAAAUGAUUAAGUAACUAGAAGAUAAAAUGCAUUUCUAUUAAAGUGAUAAAUUCGUUUAAGCAUCAGAAUCCGAUGUUAAGAAGCACGAAGAAGCAUAUCAAAAAAUGGAGAAAGAAUACAAGAGACGUAGAAGAAUGUGUAAGGAUGGUAUUGGUCAAAUAGCUGAAGGUAUGAAUAAAAAGCUAUCAGAAGUAUAAGAAUUGAUUGGAAUAGAAGAGGAAGAUGAGUGA